AUGAGAUUCAUCGCUGCCACUACUAUCGCGCUUCUCAGCAGCGCUGCAAUUGGCAUGCCAGUUGCCAAGCACUCCGGCGAGGUUCUGAACAAUCCCGAUCCAGUCUACCUAGGAGCUAGCAUUAAGCGGUCGGAACUUGAGGAGCGGAAGAAGCGCGGCGAAAUCGCGAACAAUCCCAAUCCAGUCUACACGGUACCUGAAGUCGAACGGUCGAAACUUCAGGAGCGGAAGAAGCGCGGCGAAAUCGCGAACAAUCCCAAUCCAGUCUACACGGUACCUGAAGUCGAACGGUCGAAACUUCAGGAGCGGAAGAAGCGCGGCGAAAUCGCGAACAAUCCCAAUCCAGUCUACACGGUACCUGAAGUCGAACGGUCGAAACUUCAGGAGCGGAAGAAGCGCGGCGAAAUCGCGAACAAUCCCAAUCCAGUCUACACGGUACCUGAAGUCGAACGGUCGAAACUUCAGGAGCGGAAGAAGCGCGGCGAAAUCGCGAACAAUCCCAAUCCAGUCUACACGGUACCUGAAGUCGAACGGUCGAGACUUCAGGAGCGGAAGAAGCGCGGCGAAAUCGCGAACAAUCCUAAUCCAGUCUACCCUGGACCUGGCGUGGAAAGAGCAAAGCUCGAGGAGCAUGGCAAAAGCCCAACCGCCGACGAAACGAUCGCGAAGCGCCAAACUCCAAAGUCGAGCGUAGUUGCAAAGGAUGCCUAG